AGGGAGGGCUCGCUGCGCUGCCCGAGGGGCCCCGCCGCCGCCGCCGCGCCGCUGCCCGGAGCGCACAGCUGGCCCCCUCUGCCGGGGCGCACAGCUGGCCGCCGCAGCUGGCUCCGGGGCGGAUUGGAUGGUGAGGGCGCAGUGGCGGCGCGCACUGGGCUCGGGCCGGGCUUUCUCUCGCCUCCAGUGCCUGAGCCCCGGGCCCUGCCCCGCUGGGCUCCCUUGGACUCCCGCCUGGGGCCGCCUCCGGGGCAGCGGGACGCGCGGGCCGAAGGGGUGGGGGCCGGGGCGGAGCGAGGCGUUGGUGGGGGCUGCGGGGGCCGAGAAGGGCAGCCCUCCCUCGCUCUGAGCCGAGCCCCAGCCCGAGCUCCGGCCGGCCCGCCGCGAUGUCCACCAAGGGCAGGAAGUGGAAGGAGCCGGCGAGGGGGAGAGUGACCUUCCCGGCUCAGGAGGACGAGGAGCAGCAGCUGCAGCAGCAGCGCAGCGGCCGCUGGGGCUGGAGGGGCGUCAAUGGGGGGCUGGAGCCGCCGCCCCUGCCGGGCUCUGGGGAGAGCCCUGCCGAGCCCCCAGGCGGAGAGCUGCCUCGCUUCCUCCUGGGCAGCAGCAGCCUGUCCGUGGAGCGGAGCCCAAUGACCACCAAGCGGCUGGCCGUGCGGGAGAAGGGCCGGCGGCAGGCAGUGCGAGGCCCCGCGUUCAUGUUUAACGCCCGCGGGCCCAGCCUCACGGCCGAGGAGGAACGCUUCCUGGACGCCGCCGAGUACGGCAACAUCCCGGUGGUGCGCAAGAUGCUGGACGAGUCGGAGACCCUGAACGUGAACUGCGUGGACUACAUGGGCCAGAACGCGCUGCAGCUGGCCGUGGGCAACGAGCACCUGGAGGUGACGGAGCUGCUGCUCAAGAAGGACAACCUGAGCCGCAUUGGCGACGCGCUGCUGCUGGCCAUCAGCAAGGGCUACGUGCGCAUCGUCGAGGCGCUGCUGAGCCACCCGGGCUUCGCGGCCGGCCGCCGCCUCACGCUCAGCCCCGGCGAGCAGGAACUGCGCGACGACGACUUCUACGCCUACGACGAGGACGGCACGCGCUUCUCCCCGGACAUCACGCCCGUCAUCCUGGCGGCGCACUGCCAGAAGUACGAGGUGGUGCACAUGCUGCUGACCAAGGGCGCGCGCAUCGAGCGGCCGCACGACUACUUCUGCAAGUGCCCGGACUGCGCCGACAAGCAGCGGCGCGACUCCUUCAGCCACUCGCGCUCCCGCAUCAACGCCUACCGCGGCCUGGCCAGCCCGGCCUACCUGUCCCUGGCCAGCGAGGACCCCGUGCUCACGGCGCUCGAGCUCAGCAACGAGCUCGCCAAGCUGGCCAACAUCGAGAAGGAGUUCAAGAAUGACUAUCGGAAGCUCUCUAUGCAAUGCAAAGACUUCGUGGUGGGUGUGCUAGACCUUUGCCGAGACUCCGAAGAGGUUGAGGCCAUCCUCAACGGAGACGUGGAUUCAGCAGAGCCAGUAGUCGGGCAGCGCCAUAGAGGGUCCCUGAGUCGUGUAAAGCUAGCCAUCAAGUAUGAAGUAAAAAAGUUUGUGGCUCAUCCCAACUGUCAGCAACAGCUUUUGACUAUCUGGUACGAGAACCUCUCAGGAUUACGGGAGCAGGCCAUCGCUAUCAAGUGUUUGGUGGUGUUGGUUGUGGCCUUGGGACUACCAUUCCUGGCCAUUGGCUACUGGAUUGCCCCAUGUAGCAGGCUUGGAAAAAUCCUCCGAAGCCCAUUCAUGAAAUUUGUGGCCCAUGCUGCAUCCUUCAUCAUUUUCCUGUGCCUGCUGGUGUUUAAUGCUUCAGACAGGUUCGAGGGCAUUAAAACGCUCCCCAACAUGACAGUCAUUGACUACCCAAAGCAAAUCUUCAGGGUGAAAACGACCCAGUUCACCUGGACUGAGAUGCUAAUCAUGGUCUGGGUUCUCGGGAUGAUGUGGUCGGAAUGUAAGGAGCUGUGGCUCGAAGGGCCAAGGGAAUACAUUUUGCAGCUGUGGAACGUGCUCGACUUCGGGAUGCUCUCCAUCUUCAUCGCGGCCUUCACAGCGCGAUUCCUCGCCUUCCUUCAGGCCACCAAAGCACAGCAGUACGUGGACAGUUAUAUCGCAGAAAGUGACCUCAGCGAGGUCACUCUUCCUCCAGAGAUACAAUAUUUCACCUACGCUAGAGAUAAAUGGCUCCCCUCAGAUCCUCAGAUCAUAUCAGAAGGCCUCUAUGCAAUAGCUGUUGUGCUCAGCUUUUCCCGGAUUGCCUACAUCCUGCCCGCCAACGAAAGCUUUGGCCCCUUGCAGAUUUCCCUCGGUAGAACUGUGAAGGACAUCUUCAAGUUCAUGGUCCUCUUCAUUAUGGUGUUCCUGGCAUUUAUGAUUGGGAUGUUCAUACUGUAUUCCUACUACCUGGGGGCCAAAGUCAACUCUGCUUUUACUACAGUGGAAGAAAGCUUCAAGACUUUGUUUUGGUCCAUAUUUGGACUGUCUGAAGUGACAUCCGUGGUGCUCAAAUACGAUCACAAAUUCAUCGAAAAUAUCGGCUAUGUUCUCUAUGGAAUAUACAAUGUCACCAUGGUCGUGGUCCUUUUGAAUAUGCUGAUUGCAAUGAUUAAUAGCUCUUACCAGGAAAUCGAGGAUGACAGUGAUGUUGAGUGGAAGUUUGCUCGCUCAAAACUUUGGUUAUCUUACUUUGAUGAUGGGAAAACAUUACCCCCACCCUUCAGUCUGGUGCCCAGUCCCAAAUCCUUUAUUUAUCUCAUCAUGCGGAUUGUCAAUUUUUCCAAGUGCAAGAGGAGAAGACUACAGAAGGAUAUAGAAAUGGGAAUGGGUAACUCCAAGUCCAGGUUAAACCUCUUCACUCAGUCUAACUCCAGAGUUUUUGAAUCACACAGUUUUAACAGCAUUCUCAAUCAGCCAACACGCUAUCAGCAAAUAAUGAAAAGACUCAUAAAGCGUUAUGUUCUGAAAGCCCAGGUAGACAAGGAGAAUGAUGAAGUCAAUGAAGGUGAACUGAAGGAAAUAAAGCAAGACAUUUCAAGCCUGCGCUAUGAACUCUUGGAAGACAAGUCCCAAGCGACAGAGGAGUUAGCGGUUCUGAUCCACAAACUCACAGAGAAGCUAAACCCCAGCAUGCUGAGAUGUGAAUGACUCAAGCGCCUAGGAGUCUAUUGUUGACUAUAGCACAAACACGGGCAAUAAUAUUUCUAACAGAUACUUGGGGGUGGGGGUGGGGAGACUACAUCCAUUUUUAGCUUUUAUUAUGUGAAUCUUUCCUUGAAAGCUAAGACUUUAAGAUUUGAUUAGUUUGAUCCAUAGACAAAACUAUUUUAUUUUAAUUGUCUGCACUGAUGUUUUUACUUUUUUUUUUUGGCGGGGCAAUGGGGGUUAAGUGACUUGCCCAAGGUCACACAGCUAGUAAGUGUCAAGUGUCUGAGGCCAGAUUUGAACUCAGGUCCUCCUGAAUCCAGGGCCGUUGCUUUAUCCACUGUGCUGCCUAGCUGCCCCCAUGUUACAUUUUUGAAAAAUAAGAUAGCAUUUUACAAAAAAGUCCAGCUGUAGAGGGUGGAUUGGUGGAAUCUCUCCAGCUGGAUGAAGGUACAGGGAGGUAAGCCUUGGUUUGACAUUUUGGUUGGACCUCCCUUGGGGCGGUGUAGUCUCUUGUGGGAUGUUGUAGAAAGAGUACUUAGAUCAUAGGACCUGGGGUUGAAUCCUGUCUCCUUCAUUGAGGACAGUUGUGACCUUGGGCCAUUCAUUUUUCCCUCUCUCAGUUUCUUCAUCUGUAAAAUGAGAGAGUCAGACCUCCAAGGUUUCUUCUGGUUUAAAAAAUCUAUGGUGAUGUAACUAUAAUGACUUUAUUGAGAAGACUGAGGACAUUUCUUGAGCUUAAGUCCUUGUGAGUCAUUGAGAUCCUCUGAUUAGUGAUUGAGCUUUCAUGGGUAUAAUUUGAUUCAGGCUAUGAAUCUGAGCUGGCCCUUUGUAUUAGGUAUGCAGGGGGCACCUAGUCUGAGUGUAGGUCUUCAGGGGGAGCCAGGGAGGUGAGAGCAGACUAUGAGCCCUAAAUGGAAGUGGGAAUGCAGUGUUUAAUGCCCCAAAGACCCUCUAGGAGCCAAUCCUCUUUCCUCAGCUCCAGGGAUGGCAUUUGUGGAGUGGCAUCCAAGCGCAGGAGAUGCCCUCAGUCCUAUCAUGGAGAAACCAAAAUCCCAAACCAAGGCUCACCUCCCCAUAACUUCAUUAAACCGGUCAGCCCCUCCUAAUCAACCUUCUACAUGACAUCAUACUAUUCUGGAUCAUUUCCCUUUUCUUUAAAUAACUGACCCUUCAGCAUUUGCACUAACUGGUUGACAGACAAAGAAAUAGUCCAAACCCCACCUUCCUUUGUAGCAAGCGGUCCAAAAAGAUUUUUGGAGGGUUGCUGAAGAAUAGAUAUUGGCAAAUGGGACUCA